CUCGCCUCCGUCCCCGAGCACAUCGGCUACCUGAAGUCCCUCGGACUAGACUACGGCUGGGGGCCGACCACGGCCGCCGAAUGGCUGCUCGAGCACAUCCACAUCUGGAGCGGGCUGCCGUGGGGCGCAUCCAUCCUGGCGGCCGCCUUCGCGGUGCGCGCGGGCUGCUUCUACUUCUACGUGCAGGGCGCCGACACGACGGCCAAGAUGCGCGCGCUGAAGCCCGUCAUCGACCCGCUGACGGCCAAGAUGAAAACGGCGCUGAACGCCGGCGAUCGCGAGGAGACGAUGCGGUGGCGGCGCGAGUCGACCAAGGUGUAUAAAGACAUGAACAUCCACCCCGUCCGACACGUCUUCGCGGGACCGGUCAUCCAGGGCUUGUUCGGCUUCGGCGCGUUCCGCCUCUCGCGCGGUAUGGCGGAUAUCCCCGUGCCAGGCCUCCUGGAUGGGGGCAUGCUGUGGUUCACGAACCUCGCAAUCCCAGACCCGACAUACCUCCUGCCCCUCAUGGCUGCCGGUGCUGUGCACAUGGUCGCAAGAAUCGGCGGCGAAAGCGGCAAUCCCAUGGCCCCCGCGCAACAGAAAAUCAUGAUGUGGGGCCUGCCCGGCCUGAUGUUCCUCUUCUCGUGGUGGCUGCCCGCCGCGACGCAGCUCACCUUCCUCGCCGGCUCCGUGCUCUCCCUGCUGCAAGCCCUGAUCUUCCGCAGCCCGCGCUUCCGCCGCGCGCUCAACCUCACCCCGCUGUACAAGCAGCCCCCCGUCCGCCCACAGACCAUCGAGACGCGCUUCGCCAUGCGCGCGCAGCCGGCGGCGGCAAAAAAGCCCGUGUAUCAGGCCCCUAGCAGCUCGACGACGCCACCGGAUCCCCUAGCCCGCCCAGGGAAGGUGCCUGCGAAGCCUGGGCUCGCAGACAAAGUGUGGAAGACGACGAAGGAAGCGGCAAGGGGUUGGUUCCCCGAGGCGUUGACGCGGAUGACGCAGAGCCAGGAGAAGCAGCGCAAGGACCGGUUGAAGGCGCAGGCUGCGGCGUAUGAGCUGCAGCGGCAGCAGCAGUUGGAGCAGGAGAAGAACGGGAGGUGA